AUGGAGAUCACUGCGGUGGACCUCCCCAUCCUGCUGGAAACUGACACGUCGGUCAAACUAGCCGGUGUCGACGUCGACGGCCAACUACGCGGCAAGCUCGUUUCCAAGAAGAAGUUUCUGUCCAUUGCCGAGAGUGGCUUCGGGUUCUGUUCCGUAAUCUUCGGGUGGGACAUGCACGAUGCGACGUACUUUAGGGAGCUUAAGGUCAGCAACAAGGAGAAUGGGUACAGGGAUAUCAUUGCCGUGCCAGAUCUCAACAGUUUCCGGCGUAUUCCUUGGGAGGACAACAUUCCGUUCUUCCUCGUUAGCUUCUUUGAUCCAGACACAAGAGAACCAGUUUCGGCGUGCCCCCGCGGCUUGCUCAACACGCAACUGAAAAAGCUCGGUGCCCAAGGCUACGGUGCCAUGGCGGGAGCCGAGUACGAGUUCUUUCAGUUCCGGACUCCAUCCUCCAACGGUCCCCAGUCGGCCGCCGCAUACCUCCAACAGAACCCUCCCCAUUCGCUGCCGUCGUUGACCGAAGGCAUGUUUGGCUACAGCCUGACACGUCCUGUCCACAACAAGGAAUACUACUACGACAUCUUUAAGGCCUGCCAGGCCUUCGAGUGUGACAUUGAAGGCUGGCAUACCGAAAGCGGGCCGGGGGUGUACGAAGCGGCGCUUGAGUUUGGCGAACUGAAGCAGAUGGCUGACCGCGCGAGCUUGUUCAAGUACGUCGUUAAAUCGGUGGCCGUGAAGCACGGCAUCACGCCAUGUUUCAUGGCGAAGCCAAAACAGGGGCUUCCUGGGAACAGUGGACACAUCCAUGUCUCGCUGGUCGACGAAAACGGAAAGAACCUGCUACACCGCGGCGAGAAGGAUCCAAACCCGCCUUACCCGGACGUGGCCGACCUAUCCGAUCUGGGUCGGCAUUUCCUAGCAGGGAUUCUGGAGGGACUGCCGGAUGUCAUGCCGAUGGUGGCCCCCACUAUCAAUAGCUACAAGCGUUUGGUUGAGAACUUUUGGGCACCAGUGACCGUCUCAUGGGGGCUGGAGCAUCGUGCUGCAUCAGUCCGCUUGAUCGCUCCGCCCACAUCUAAACCGGGAGCCACGCGGUUCGAGGUACGUGUUCCAGGCGCAGAUGCGAACCCGUACUAUGUCAUGGCGGCCAUCCUCGCACUCGGCUGGCGCGGGGUGGAGAAAAAGCUGGACUUCCCUUGCCCCCCGCUGGGUAAAGGGGAAGAUGUGGGUGGGAGUUCAGAUCAGGGGCUCCGGCUGGCGAAAUCGCUGCGCGAGGCAAACGAUAGGUUCACGCGCAAGGAAAGUAUCGCGAGAGAAGUGUUUGGAGACGAGUUUGUGGACCAUUAUGGUGGGACUAGGGACCACGAGCUACGGCUCUGGGAUGAAGCCGUAACGGAUUGGGAAAUGAAGAGAUAUAUCGAGACAGUUUAG